UAUUUGUUCAAAUUUAAGGCAAAAAUGCAUUCUUAAAAAUCUUAAUCUUAAAAAUAAAUAAAUACUAACUAAAAUAACUAAUAUUUGAAAACAUGACAAUCUUUAUAAUAAUGUAAUGAAUUGUCAAAUAAUAAAUUGAUAUAAAUGGAAUCUAUUCAGAAUUUUGAAUAGCAGUGAAUAAUAGGCAGUGUACACACACACACACACACACUCCCAGAGAAACACAGGAAACCGAUUCACUGUGAGCUCGACAACUUAAAACUAGAGCAUCUCACUCAGAAAAGUGUGUGAAAAUGCUGGAAAACGUGACAUUAACUCUCCUCAUCAAUUUAAUCUUCAUGUUCUCCACUGGUCAAUCUUCAUGUACCUACAGUGCUGUGGGUGAAAAAGUCGUGAUUUCAUUCGAUGGUGCAAAAUUACAAGAAGGUGAUGAACUGAGAUGGACGCAUGAUGAAGUGAGAGUUUAUUUUAAAAAAGGCUCAAAGGUUAAGGUCAAAGAGCUCGAUGUCGAUGAAGAUGGAUCUCUGAUACUGACGGACGUACAGAAGGAUAAAUCUGGAGAGUACAAGGGCAUCAUCUAUGAUUCAGAAGGAAGUUUAAUAAAAGAAACCGUACAGCAGCUCUGUGUCCUGGAGCCAGUGUCUGAACCUACAGUCGUGGUGGAGUGUGUAGAAAAAGGAGUAAACCUGACUUGUAGCGCAGAGAACAACCGUGAGGUGCUUGUGUCCUGGACAAAAAAUGGCAUUACGACCGAUUCGACUCUCGCAUUUUUACAUUUCCUUUCAUCUGAGAUCAAAUCUGGAGAUAGUUUCUCAUGCACAGUCAGCAACCAGAUAAGCCAGAAGUCAGCAAAAGAAGUUCAGCCAGCUUGCUCUGACGCAGGUCUAUAUGCAACCACUGCCAAUUAUCACAAAGAAAAAGAAGCAAACAGCAGCAGUGCAAAUGAAAACAAAAAAGAUGUGUAUAAGAAGAAGUUUCUAGGCUUGGAUUUGUGGUUGAUGCUGGUGAUCCUGACAGGGGGAGGAAGUUUCCUCGUCCUCUCCAUCAUCUGCCUGGUCUGUUUCUGCCGCUGCUACAGACGAAACAAGAGGAAAGCAAAAGAAGAAGAAGAGUACCGGCUUACGUCUCUAAUGCCAGAUCACACAAAUCCACCUGAUGUGCAAUACAUGCAGCAAAUCACAUCGGAGAGGUCUUCUAAAAGCCAGCGUCCUCUUCCACCCCUGCCCGGCCCCCAAGGUCCUCCUUGUGUUGGACCCCCAUAAGAGAACACCCCGACCUUCCAGAGACACUGAGACCAGUAUCAAGACCAGCGCUCAACAGAAUAUCGUUUAUAUAUAGAAUUUAUCAUAUACACAAAAGUUAGAAAAUAUUAAGUAAUAAUUUUAUUAUAAAAAUAAUCAAUAUAUUUUUUUUUUCAGUCUCUUAGCAUAUGCAUCCGAAAAUAAUAAGCAGUUUUCGACAUUGAUUAUAAUAAGAGCUACUAUUAAUAAUUGAUAAUAUUACCUAAUAUCACCCAUUGAUAUUAAUGAAGAGUAAAUCAGUAUAUUGUAAUGAUUUCUGAAGGAUGGUGUGACACUGAAGACUGGAGUAAUGAUGCUGACAUGUCAGCUUUCAAUCACAGGACUCAUUUACGAUUGAAAUAUGUACAAGUGGAAAACUUAUUUAUUUUAAAUUGCAAUAAUACAAUAUGCCCUUAUUACUGUAUUUUUGAAGAGCAUAUGAGACUUAUUUCAAAAACAUUAAAAAUCUUAAUCAUUGCA